UGCUGUACAAGAAGGGUGACCGGUCCAACUGUAACAACUACAGGGGGAUUUCGCUACUAUCUCACGUAGGCAAGGUCCCCAUCAAGAUCAUCACCAACCGUCUAAGCGCCUUCUGCGAAGCCAACAACAUCCUCCCGGAGGAACAGUGCGGAUUUCGACCCGGGCGAUCCACCGUCGACAUGCUGUUCGUCGUGCGCCGCCUCCAGGAGCUGGGGCGGAGAAAGAAAAUACCGCUCUACAUGUGCUUCGUCGACUUGAACAAGGCGUAUGAUUCGGUGGACCGAGAGAUGCUAUGGAAAGUGCUGGCCAGGGGCGGGAUUCCCGCGAAGCUGAUCGAAGUCAUCCGCCAAUUCCACGAUGGAAUGCGGGCCCGGGUGCGCAUGGACGACGGAGAACUAUCGGACUGGUUCUUCGUGACACAGGGCGUGCGACAAGGAUGUGUGCUAUCCCCACUGCUGUUCAACAUCUUCUUCGCCGAGGUCCUCGAGGUCGUUGUCAUCCGAUUCAGCGAGGAUGAUGUUGUUCUGCGGAGCCUGGUGUGCUUGGAGGAGGGGAAGACGGAAGCGGGGGGGGGGGAGGAGACACCCCUUGACCGAGUACAGAGGGCAGUAUGGGGGAUGCUGUAUGCCGAUGAUGCCGGCGUCGUAUCGAGGUCUGCAGAAGGACUGGCGAGAAUGAUGACCAUCAUCGUUGAGGUGUUCGGGGAGUUCGGGCUAACGGUGUCGGAGAAGAAGACGGAGACGCUCCUGAUGCGCAAAGGACAAGCCGACACAUCACAGCCCGCCCCGCCUCCACCACUGACCAUCGAAGCCGCGGGACAGAAAUACGCCCAGAAGACCGAGUUCCGGUACCUCGGUGGCCUCGUCAACGAACAUGGCGACCUCACCCGGGAGAACAACUACAGGAGCAGAGGAGCGUGGGCGUGCCUCAGGCGAUAUGGCCGGGAGCUCUUCGACAGACCGCAAGCGCCAUUCCGACUCAAGAUCCGCCUGCUCCAGGCGGAGGCGAUGGACGCACUGCUGUACGGCUGCAUGACAUGGUCACCACUCAGCGGCCACUAUCAGACGCUGCGGUCGAUACACCACCGACUGCUCCUUCGAGUUAUCGGGUACAAGCGCAAGAAAGACACCUACCGGCAGCUCUCUUACGCCCAGACGCUGAAGAGGGUCGAAUGCCAGAGCGUUGAAGCCACGAUCCGACAACGACGCCUACUGUUCGCGGGAGCAUUGGCAAGGCAGCCGGACGGGCGACUCCCGAAACGACUGAUGUUCGGCGAACUGGCAGGGGGGAGAAGCGACGUAGGGGGAGACAGGAACAGAACUGGCCGAAGUGUGUGCUCGACGACCUGA